GAGUCGCUUAGCAAAUCGGACGCUGAGCGACUUUUUACGGAAGACUCAUGAUUGAUGAUGUCAACUAUUAAAUCGGAUUUGUACAGCAUAUGCAGUAACAGAGAGCUCCGCACAGCUCCUUGUCCAACCUGCCGGCACUCAACUGAACUAACUUUCAGCCCUGGAUUCGUUACUUUUGAUCCAUGGACAAAGCCUCUUGCCUGGCCAGCCGAGAUUCAGACACUCCGUGAACAGUCCAUAUACGCUGGUAGCAGCACCCCCUGCAGACUGGAGGAACAUGGAAAGGCACAGUGAGAGUCCUGGUCUGCACAACAGCCCAGACAGGAGAAGCUGCAGUCCUGAUCUGAAAGGACCUCCACCAGGAAAGAUGGCACGAAUGGAGCAAAAUGGUAGUCCUACAGAUACACGAGUUCGACAUAAUGGUGCCCCUACCAGAGCACUAGGAGGUCUGAUGAUCCCUGUUUUCUGUGUAGUUGAGCAGAUGGACAGUCCACUGGAAUAUGAGGGCCGUGAAGAGCAUGCUGAAUUUGUAUUGGUGCGGAAAGAUGUUCUUUUUAACCAACUUGUGGAGACUGCACUGCUGGCUUUGGGGUAUUCACAUAGUUCAGCUGCUCAAGCUCAAGGUAUCAUCAAAGUUGGCCGUUGGAACCCAUUGCCAAUUCAUUACUUGACUGAUGCAGCAGAGGCUACUGUAGCAGACAUGCUGCAAGAUGUGUACCAUGUUGUUACACUAAAGAUUCAGCUGCAAAGCUGUGCCAAGCUGGAAGAUCUUCCUGCAGAGCAAUGGAAUCAUGCUACAGUUCGCAAUGCACUCAAAGAGCUAUUGAAGGAAAUGAACCAGAGCACACUGGCAAAGGAAUGCCCACUUUCACAGAGUAUGAUUUCUUCCAUUGUUAACAGUACGUACUAUGCCAAUGUUUCCUCUACUAAGUGCCAAGAGUUUGGCAGGUGGUACAAAAAGUACAAGAAGAUUAAAGGAGAUUACUUUGAAAAGAUGUGGUCUGGCAGGGAGAACUCAGAAAUCAAAGUUGAGCGAGACACCAUGGCUGAUUUCUGUGUACUUGGUCAACGUCCUACUCACCUCACAAGCCUUAACCAGCUGGCAUCUCUAAGUGCAGGAGGGGUAAAAAGUGGAGGAGCGGAGCCACAACCACAACCACCACAACAGUUAUCACCUCAUAACCAGAUGCACCACAGCCCUCCACUCCGCAGUCAAGUGCCCCCUGGUGCUACCUUGCAGCCACUCAUGAACCCUGGAGCCUUACUUUCUCCUCAGCUUAAUCCACAGCUGGUACGCCAGCAACUGGCCAUGGCACAUCUCAUUAACCAACAACUUGCUGUUAGCCGCCUGCUUGCCCACCAACACCCACAAGCCAUUAAUCAACAGUUCCUGAACCACCCACCCAUUCCAAGACCAACCAAGCCCAGCGAGCAAGGUGGCAACCCUGGUGCUGUGGAAGUGUCACCUGAUAUCUACCAGCAAGUGCGUGAUGAACUGAAAAGGGCGAGUGUCUCACAGGCAGUAUUUGCAAGAGUAGCCUUCAAUCGUACACAGGGUCUGCUGUCAGAGAUACUUCGUAAGGAAGAGGACCCUCGGUCAGCUUCACAGUCAUUGUUAGUGAAUCUAAAAGCAAUGCAGAACUUCCUGAAUCUACCUGAGGCGGAGCGGGAUCGUGUCUACCAAGAGGAGAGGGAGCGGAGUAUGAACCCUUCAGUAGGGCUACCACCGUCUAGCACUGGAAGCCCUGGGGGUUCCCGCCUGCCACAGUCUAAAUCUACGGGUCCAAGCACAGAACUCCCGCUGAAGGUGGAAGGCCUUGGAUUGUCUAUCACAUCAGCAAUUUACGAAGAAAUUCAGCAGGAAAUGAAAAGAGCCAAAGUGUCACAGGCCCUUUUUGCUAAGGUGGCAGCCAACAAGAGCCAGGGUUGGCUGUGUGAACUUCUACGCUGGAAGGAGAACCCAAGUCCAGAUAAUCGAACACUGUGGGAAAACCUUUGCACAAUCCGUCGUUUUCUGAGUCUACCACAAUCUGACCGUGACUUAGUAUAUGAAGAAGAGUCACGACACCAUCACAGUGAGAGACUCCAGCAUGCUGUCAUUCAUUUGCCCUCAGAAGCUACACAGCAUGCCCCUAGAGCAGAGCCACGUUUUAGGUGUCAUCAAGAAGAUUUUUGGAGGAAGCAGGCAAUCCAUAGACAAACCUCACAACCAGCCAAGGAGAGCUCUCCACCACAUGAGGAUCCUCAGCCAAAUUUAGCAGCACCUAGUGGAGAGGAGAAUGGCGCAGUCAAUAGUGGAGCCGGGAAGAAGCCACGGUCACGUACUAAAAUUUCAUUGGAGGCUUUGGGGAUCUUGCAGAGCUUCAUUCAUGAUGUAGGCCUGUACCCUGACCAGGAGGCUAUCCACACUUUAUCAGCACAGCUGGACCUUCCCAAACAUACCAUCAUCAAGUUUUUCCAAAACCAGCGCUAUCAUGUCAAGCAUCAUGGUAAGCUUAAGGAACAUGCAGGUAGUACUGGUAUUGAUGUAGCAGAAUACAAAGAGGAAGAACUGCUUUCUGAAUCUGAGGAAAAUGAAGACAGUGAGGAUACCCCUGAAGAUAUGUUUGGUGUGGAAAGCUCAGAGGACAGCAAAGAAAAGAAUCACCUAACAAUUCACUCUCCUGCCUCCGUGUGUAUACCUGCUACAGCUUGCAACUCUUCCUCUAAUCCUCUGGAAGCACAAGAACAACCAAGAUAAUGCUCCACAAGGAGAUAAUGUACCAAGAAAGUUUGAAGCAGGACUAAGAUGUUUUGGAUUGACUAGUGACACAACACCUUGCUGCUACAUAGACAAGAGCCCGAUUCCUCCACUUUGUGACAACUAAGGAUAACUGGAACUGGAGGAAGGAGAGAGCAUCCUUAAACAUAUUUUGAAUUUACUGUAUUUCAGAAGGAUAUUACAUUUUCAAUAGAGAUAAUUUUCAGAGACUGUAGAAAUGUAGUAUGAUCAAAACAAGAGGUUUGCAGAUAUUUAAAGAUUCAAUUUUGCACAAUCUUCUCAGUCAUCUGUUUUCUGCAAAAUCCUUCCAGCUCAUUUUGUUCUCAUUGGGAAGUCUUCACCUACAUGUCUUUGUGGUUUUCUGAACACCUUGUUGCACAAUGACAGACUGGGCACUUUGAGCAAGUUUGCCAGUGAUUUUUCUUAAUUACUGGCUCCAUAUAAAUGAAUUCACUGGCACCCAAGUCUAUGUUCACAUCUUGUGAAGAAUACAACUGAAUUCAUAAUGUAACCCCAAAGCACUUCCCAUUUAAAGAAAAUGCUCUGAAUUAAAAGAGGUAUUUUGGAAUCCAGUGAUAUUCUUAAUAGAUUAUUCAGACUACCAAAAUGAAGCAGCUCAUGAACUUCUUGUGAGAAAUGGCAAUACAAGCACAACUCUUUGUCUGCCCCAAGUAAACAUUGCAGAGAUUCUGUGGAAUUCGGAAAGGCUGAUGAACAAGCCUUUGACAGCUUCUUUGUGUUUAAACUUGUGAAAGAGUAGAUACAAAGACUACAAGACACCACUGUUUUUGUAAAUACAGUAAAUGCAUGGGAGAAACAUGUUGAUCUAACUCCGGUCUGUGAAUAGGUACCUUAUACAAAAAAAAAAAAGGAAAAGUCAUAAUGAACUUCUCCAGAAUCAAUAAGGUCUCCUGGUCUCAGGGUGUGGUGUCUGUUGUUAAACUCUAUUUAUUUUCUAUGUUUAUCCUUGAUUUUUGUUUUUGUUUUGUUGUUCAUUUUCAGUAAUCCGAGUGGCUUCCUUUCUAGUGGCAUUUUCGAUAUAUCUGAGGUAUGCAUUUCAAAAAAAUAAAAAUCAACACUGCCAAAACUGUUGAAAAUGGUGAUGAAAUCAUCAAAGAUUGUAAUUGAGGAAAACACACCAGGCAUUAUGCUUUAAAAAUAACAGAAGAUAUGGUAGAUAAUGAAGAAAACAUAUACUUUUCCUACUAAACUGCUAUUUUAUUGUAUUGCAUUUUAAAAAAAGAAAGAUGGUAUAAGCCCUGCCUCAUAAAUUACUAGGUACAGAAACACAGAAAAUGUACUAAUGUGUAUCAUUAGCUGAUAUUAUAGCCUCAAUCAAUAUUGUCAUCGAUUCUGGAAUCAAAGCUGCUGUAUUCAUUCUUCAGUGUAAAUUAUAAAUUCUCUAAAAAUCAUUCUAAAGAAAAUUGUUGAUUCAUAUGCUUUCUCAUUUUAAUAGAAAUGUUCUUGCUCAUCCUGCUCCCAUUACCUUUCUUAAUAAUGUUUGCCUUCUGUGUUUUUCUGCUCUGAUAAUCACACAUUAUAACAACACCUUCAACUUUUCAGUCAGGCACUUUCUACUUUGUUGUAGCUCACCAAAUCGUAGUACAAAGACAGUGUCAUAAUGUAGUAAAUCAAACUUUAAUCUCAGUCACAAAGUGUCCAUCACCCAGUCAGAUAUUCAGCGGCAAUGUACAAAACCUGUUCUUUAGAAGGAAAAAGUAAGUAACUUUCAUUAAGAUGGACUGCACUACUAAUAAGAUUCCUCAUUCAGAUAUUGAAGUGUAGACUGCUCAUUCAUAUCACGCAUUGACAAUAGCCACACAUUUUUAAAACUGUCUAAUUCAGUUCAGUGUUUUUUCGGUCACUAAAGCCUAUCCCAACAGAUUUGUGCGCAAAGCAGGAAACAACCUUUGGAUGUUGCACCACUCCAACACUUGGCACUGUCUCACACACUCAUCGAUAAAGUAAUCAUUUAACAAAACGUGAAUGUGUUUGGAAAGUGAGUAUCAAGAGGAAAGACCAAUCCAGCCAUGGAGAGAACCUGCAAAGUCUACAUAAACAGUACCUGGAUUGUGGUUUGAAUCCAGGAAACUAGAGCUAUGAGGCAGGAGCAUUGCCCAUUGCACUGCCAUGUGGUCCUGCUUUCAUAACAGGCUACAUAAAAUUGCAAAGGGGAAAUAUGUGAAUAACUAUAAACAGAAGCAAAUUAUCAGCAUUGUCUAACAUUCUAUUCUGAUGAAAAAGGAACUGACAUUUUGAUUUCCUUUAUGAAGGUAUUUUUAAUGUUUACAUGAAAGUUAAUUGCUUUGGAAUCGAUUUAAACAUUUCUUGUGUGUUUUAUGUUUGUAUUCAUACUUCCAGUGCUGUAGCCAUCAGACUGGUAUAAACAGAGAAUACUGCAGAUUCCUCCAGUACAACCACACCUACAAACAGCAAACAACUUUGGUUCAAAGUUCAAGAGUGUCUUGUCUAACAAAAAUAAAUAAAUAAAUAAGCAAGACUGAGUAGGAGUGCAGUUAAGUACUGUAACUAUAAACUGCAAAGAUCACUGUUUUAUAUACUUCUGCUUUUAUUUAUUUCUAUUUAACAGUAAUGAUAAGGUUCUAUCGGAAACUUUUUUGCAAUAAGAAAGAUGCAAAAUAUUAUAAAUAAUAUUUUAGUUAUGUUUCUUUGUAUCGUUAAAUUCAAAUUCCUAGAAUAAAUCAAAGCUCAAAACUUAAGCCUGAGGAUAUGUCCAAAUUUACAGCACAUUAUCUACAUAACUAUAACCAUUUUCAACGAAGUACCCUAUACUUUAACAUAUAGCAUCUGUUUGACAUGAGUGUUUAAUACACCUUACACAUUGCAUACAAGAUAACCCUUGUAGUUGUAGGACAAAUACUGUAAUUUGAAUAGCUUCAUUUACAUUUACAUAUGUCAUGUCAUAUAUUAAAGUUCAGACUUGUAUAAUCCUCAGGUUAUUUAGUUUCCACAAAAAUGUAUUCUUACUAGUUUGUUAAUCAUGAGUUUUCAAUUAGCCUCCAGGUUUGUUGGAACAUUACCUUAAUCUUUUUACAUUUAAUACAUCAAUACAGAAAGCAGCACAAAUGAUUGUGUCCUAAAGAGGUGUUAUUAAUACACAUCCCUUCUAAACCGAGUGUCUACUUUUACUAAUUGAUGUUGUGAAAGAAUAAAGACAGUAAAAUCCUAUAACGCAGGUUUGAGAAAUUCAUAAUUUCUGAUCAGUAAAAUGCAAACAAGUAAAGUGAUAUGUAGAUAGUGAAUUUCUGUAUGGACCUAUUGCUACUCCAGAGUCAAGUAUGGGCAAAACAGAUUUAAUAAAUACUCAUUAGCUGCUGAUGCACAAAAGUCACUCUUUCAAUUUCUUAACUGGCUUUUUCUAGCAUAGGGUAAUAGCUAAGAGUCUGUUCUAACAGCACCAUAAUCCAGUUGUCCUUACACUGGACCAAUUCAGAAUUGCCUUUUAACAUGCAUGUCUUGAAGAUGUAAAAGGAAAUGUAUACAGAUGCAUGCAGAAUACAGACAUGCAGACACUGUAUUGGCCCUUUACUGUAAUCCAGAUCUCUAGAUGUUUGAAGCAGCAGAGCUGACCUUGAUUAAAAGUCCAUUCAUUCACAUAUCUCUGUUUUAUUCAAAAUUUCCCCAACAAUUCUUUCCCAGGAACACUGGAUAGAUGAUAGGAAUAUUAGAUGGGAUACCAAUCCACAGGGCACCAUCAUUUACCACACCCAAGGUCUCUGAUAAAUGACCAGUUAAUUUAAUAAAUACCAACAUUUCGCCAUUCUGCUUUUGCCCAAAACCCAGUAGUACACUUAAAUUUAUUUUUAUAGAUGAUUCAAAUUAAAUAAGUAACUAAAUGAAUAAAUAUGUUUCUUAAUAGAACCAAGUUUUUAAGUUAUUUACCCCAUAUAUGAUAAUAUUUUUAGAACUAUCAUAACUGAGUAUAACUAUUAGGGAAAUUGAAUUAAAAUAUGUCAAAUUCUAAUGCAUAUUUGCACUUAUUAAAGUAAGGUUUUAGUUUCUGUUUAGGAUUUAAAGCAUAUGUAGUAAAAAUAUAAGUGUAGUUAGGUAUGAUUGCAUCUACUAUUACAUGAUGGAGGGCACACUGUGUGCCUAGUGCACAUGCCUGUGAGGAAUCUCAAAAGAUUAUUCUCUCGUCUAUUUCAGAUGUCUAAUUUUUACAUGCCAUAGAGCACUAAAGCACUUCAUCUCAGAGCAAUACAUGGGAAUUCAGCAUAUUCACAGGGGCUUAAUGUACCUCAUCAUUCCAUAUUUCUGAAUUACUGUGGUUGAUGACAUUUCAGUUGAUAUUCAAUGAAUUUUCAUUUCUUAUGGUAGAAUAAAUACAUAGUGUUUAGAUUUAGAACUUAGAAACAAAAGUCUUAUAAUGCUGUGUACUGUACUCUUUUCUUUUCCAUUUUUUAUUAUGUUUAAGUCAUAAGACCCAGAUUUAGGAGGUAUUAUUAUUUUUCAGUGAAGAUUUAUAAACUAUGAGUUGGAAUACAGUAUCUGUGAGCCUAAAUCUCUUUUCAAAAUGGUCAUUUCAAACUUCUGAGAGAGCCAAAUAACAGUGAUUUUCUUCUU